AUGAAUAUUUUGAAUACCUUUAGGGAGAAAUCGUUGUUAGUGCAAAAAAGCGUGGAGUCAAACAAUACGAAUUCAUCAUUAUUAAUAACGUUAAAUUUAAAAAAUCAUCCAGUUAUUGGCGUUUUUUUAGCCCUCUUUUGUUUUAUAACCGUCUUUGGUAACGGUCUCGUUAUUUACGCCAUUUCUCAAGAACGUUAUCUCAAAUCUGCAACCUAUUAUUAUAUGGCUUCAUUGGCAUGCGCUGAUUUAUUUGUUGGAUUAAUUGUUAUGCCAUUUUCUAUUGUACAAGCUUUAUAUGGUGAUCAUUGGCCAUUUGGUAAACUUUGUUGUGAUUUAUGGCAUUCGUUUGAUGUAUUCGCUAGUACAGCGUCCAUCUUGGAUCUUUGUGUUAUUGCCUUGGAUAGAUAUUCUGCUAUAACAAAUCCAAUGUCCUAUAAUCAAACAUUUUUCGUUAGACGUUGGCCACUUUUAGUUGCUGGUGUCUGGCUCUGUUCAGGUUUAAUAUCAUUUCCAGCUAUUGCCUAUUGGCGUUUUGUCGUUAAUCAAUAUGAAAUAAAUCGUUGCUCGUUUCCAGACGAUAUUUAUUACACUAUAUUCUCAUCAUUAAUAUCGUUUUAUAUUCCCUUAUUCGUGAUGAUUUUUGUUUAUAUACGUAUUUAUCGUGCGGCCGUCAAACAACUAAAAGCAUUUAAAACCGGUGUAAAAAUGGCAUCACCUAAAAAGAACCGUGAAGGUGUUGUUACUGUACCAGAAGUAUGUUUAAGAAUUCACAAGGGCAAAUAUCAUGGUAUUCCACGUGAUUCAUCAUCAGUAUUUAACAAUGACCAACAAAGAAUAUCAAACAAUUUACAAACUAACGAUCGUUUAUCGAACCCUAUCAAAAAGACAGCUAGUGGUGUAUCAUUGUUGAAAGAACGACGUGAUUCAUCAUUAUCGCGACAUUCAAUGUCCAUAUUAACGGGUGAGCAUAAAGAUUCACCAUCACAUUUAUCUGCAAUAAAUCCAACAACAAAACGGUUGUCAAAUGUUGGAAUAAAUGAACAUAGAAAUUCAAAACCAGUCUCAUCGUUCGGAAAAAGAUUAACAAAAUUUUCUAAAGAACAAAAGGCUACUAUAACUCUUGCAUAUGUUAUGGGUAUAUUUGUACUAUGUUGGCUACCAUUUUUUGUUUACAAUCCUCUAACAGCCAUCGUUAAACAAAUUCGUAGUAGAAAACAUCGUUCUCACAUAUCCACUCAUAACUUUUUAACUGGAAAUGAAAUUGUCUUUCAAAUAUUUACAUGGUUAGGUUACGUAAAUUCCAGUGCAAAUCCCAUUAUUUAUGCUUUUUCGUCACGUGAUUUUCGUCGAGCUUUUAUCAAAUAUCUUUGUCGAUGUUUUCCAACAAAAAUAAGAACAUUUUUCAUGUCAUAUAAUAAUUUAACUAUAUUACGUAGUCGUCGUGUACCAAAUUCUGUUCCGUCUGUCGUUGAACUGAAUAUAGACACAAUAUCUGACACAAAUAAUAGCUCGUCGAAUACAAAACAAAAUAAUUUAAAUAAUAUUCGAAUGGUAAAAAAUCGAAAUGUUUUAUUUAAUGCAUUUCACAGUUGUAUACAAGCAAGACAAUUAAAACAAGAACAACAAAAACUCCAAAGUACACCAUCAAUAACAACAUCGACAAAAAGUACGAUUAAUAAUCUUAUACUUGUUGAAUAUUGCACAUAUCAUGAUAUGAGCAUAACAAAAAUAACGUGCGUGUAA